GUCAUAAUAAUCAGGAACUAUGAAAGACGGAAUGCAUACUGUAGCCAUUCAACAGACUGUACCACAUGAAGGUCCAUAUAGGACAUAAAUACAUCUUUAGCUUGUACAACAACUAAGUAUUAGCGCAUGCAUACAUACAUACUCUGUAAAUCUAUGCAGUCUUAUGUGUAAACACUUCAUACAUACAUACUUGUGUGAAUAACUUAAAAACAGAUAUUAAAAACACUCAAGGAUAUACACGCUAAUAAACAUAAUUUUUUUUUAAUCUUGCAUGGUUUGUUGAACACGCAUAGAUUCAUAACUGAAUCUGUUGUAUAUUUUAACAAAAUAUUAGUUAGAUUUGUUUCUAUUUUUUAUAAUCUGCAACAUAUUCAGUUAGGACUGUAUGUAUGAUUUUUUUUGCACAAUGUUAUAGAACAAGCCUACCAUAAAUAAAUUGUGGAAAAUAAAAACCAACCCACCAUAACCCCAACUCUACCAAUGCACAAGCAAGGUUCCAGUACACAGAUAUUACAACUGGCACAGCACUGUACCUAUGUUAGUCUAUUGUUCUUCAAACCUCAUACAUCACAAAACCUUGUUGAUGUAUUUGUGCAUACUUUUUUGAGUAAGGAUUGUGGUUGUCAUAUUACUUUCCUGUCUUUUGUGGCUUUUUACAAACCAUGACUUACUACAUAAAAUGUAGUUGUUUUUCGGGGUACAUUUUUAUAAGCAUAUCAAAAACAAGACGUUAAAUUUAUUGUAUAUUUGACAUAGUUUGCAAUAACUAAAAUUUUGGGGUAAUUUUCUGCAUUCAAUCUAUAGAUGUACAGGCUUGGUGUUGGAUGUAUUUUGCUUUUCCAUACCAUGAACAGCUUGAAAUCUUUGUCUCCACGGGACAUUCCAAAAGAGGCAUCAUGUUGAACUGUGCAAUGAGUACAUACAAUGUUAUGAGCUGAAUGCAAUGAGAGACUCUUGUCUAUAAUUUCUUAGAAGCAAUGUAAAAAUUAAAUGCAUUAGUUAAAUUAUGUAAUUUUCAAUUGAACACAACUGAUUGUAUUUCAGAAAACAAAGUAAUAAUUCAACAUGUCUGAGGGACCGAAAAAGGCGAAGAUGUCUGCUUCUCGCAGACUGACUCUCAAGACCAUACUUCUGAAAAAGGCAGAGUCUAUGCUAGUGUCAGACAUUAAGGAGAAGAGGUCAGAGAGAGAGAACACUCUGAGUGAAAGAGUGCCACCACUCAAACUGUCUGGUUUGUCUCUGCAAGACCUUCAGGGACUGUGUAAAGAACUGCACCAUAAGAUUGAUGUUGUUGAUGAAGAGCGCUAUGACAUUGCUGCCAAAGUAGCCAAGAAUGAUAAAGAGAUAGAACAUUUGUCACACAAGAUUUUUGAGCUUAAGGGCAAGAUGAAGCGACCUGCUCUGAAAAGAGUGAAAAUCUCAGCUGAGGCCAUGCUUGGAGCUCUGCUGGGGAGCAAGAUGAAGGAGACAGUAGACUUCAAGUCCAACCUCAAAACUGUGAAGAAGGAGGAAGAGAAGAAAGAGGAGGUGACUGACUGGCGUAAGAACGUGGAGGCCAUGUCUGGAAUGGAGGGCAGGAAAAAGCUGUUUGAUGCUGGACAAUAGAUUUCUGUCAAUGGACUGCAUGUGGUGUGUAAUAUGACCACCAAAGACUUAAGCAUGACAACUGAGACAGCAAGCAGCUAAACAGCACACUAAAAGAAGAUCACAUCCGCAGUCAAUACCAUAAGUCAUAAUGCAGUUUAGGGUUACACAUGGUACCUCCCAUUAAUAGCCAUGGCGUGGCAUAGAAAAUACUGUAUCUACCAUGUUUAGCGUUUUGUUCUUGCCAUUGUAUUGAGAUAUAUACCCUUGGACCCCCGUGAA